AUGUAUUUGAAGUUUAGUUUAAACACUGAUGGGUUGUUGUCGGUUGAGGUUGAGCAUCUCCAAGAUGUGCCAAGUCCUUACAUACAGAUCAAAGGGGCAAACAAAGAAGCUGUGACAGCUGCUGGUUCAGCUCUCAAACUGGAUGGUUCAUACACAACAAAGAGUUAUCUUCAAAUAGUGUUGGAAAGACUGCCACCAGUGCAGAGAAGUUCAAGUGGAAUCCAUACACAGCAAGCAGCACGGUUGCAAGAACUUGUGGAAUUCAUACAAUCUCAGGGAAGUAGCAACAGUGUCUCGGAAUCAUCACCAAGAAGAGAUGGUUCUUCCAUAGACAACGUUUUGGAAGAUAUGCAGUCAAGAAUUAAACGACUCGAACGUUGGCACACCAUUAAUACGGUAUCGUUUAAGAUCAUCGUGUUAAAACACCAGUCACAUCUUUACUUUCUUCCUGUUUACAUUAUAUGA